AUGCCUGUGCUUGGGGUUGCCUCCAAGCUGAGACAGCCAGCAGUAGGGUCAAAGCCUGUCCACACUGCCCUCCCGAUACCCAACCUUGGCCCCGCCGGCUCACAGAAGUACUCACCAAAGUCUUUGGAGCUUACAGCAGCAGAGAGCUCGAUGCUUUCUUGUCAGCUUACAUUAAAGUCAACCUGUGAUUUUGGAGAGAGGAAAACGCUUCAAGGAAAAACCCAGGAGAUUGAAGAUAGCAAGAUUUACACUGACUGGGCUAACCACUACCUAGCAAAAUCUGGCCACAAGCGGCUGAUCAAGGAUUUGCAACAGGACAUUGCAGAUGGAGUUCUGCUAGCAGAAAUCAUCCAGAUCAUCGCAAAUGAAAAGGUUGAAGAUAUCAAUGGCUGUCCACGGAGCCAAUCUCAAAUGAUUGAGAAUGUUGAUGUCUGCCUUAGCUUUCUGGCAGCCAGAGGCGUAAAUGUCCAAGGUCUUUCUGCAGAAGAAAUAAGGAAUGGAAAUUUGAAAGCCAUUUUAGGGCUGUUUUUCAGUUUGUCUCGGUACAAACAGCAGCAACAUCAUCAGCAACAGUACUACCAGUCUUUGGUGGAGCUACAACAGCAAGUCCCUUCAACUCCAGCUGAUAUCAGCCAGUCCAAAACACACCAAGAUAUGCAGUCAAGUCUCACAGCCAGAUAUGCAACUCAGUCUAAUCACAGUGGAAUUGCAACCAGUCAAAAAAAGGCUUCUAGGCUUCCAGGACCCUCAAGGGUGCCAGCUGCAGGCAGCAGUACCAAAGUCCAGGGAGCUUCCAAUUUAAAUCGGAGAAGUCAGAGUUUCAACAGCAUUGACAAAAACAAGCCUUCACAAUAUGCAAAUGGAAAUGAAAAAGAUUCACCAAAAGGCCCUCACCCCUCUGCAGGCAUGAAUGGAAAUGUGCAGCAUCCCACCAGCACCGGGCAGCAGCAGGUCUCUGCCAUACCCUCUCCAAGUGCCAGCAAGCCUUGGCGCAGCAAAUCCAUGAAUGUCAAACACAGCGCGACCUCUACCAUGCUGUCUGUGAAGCAGCCCAGUCCCGCAACCUCCCCUACUCCAACUUCAGACAGGCUCAAGCCACCCCCUUCUGAAGGUGUGAAGCCCCCUUCUUCUGGACAAAAAUCUAUGCUGGAAAAAUUCAAGCUGGUUAAUGCUAGGACUGCUCUGAGACCUCCUUUGUCACUGAGCUCAGGACCCAGUGACAGUGGGAGAGAGGAUGACAACUUUUCAGAGUGUGGUGAAAUGGAUGUGUUAAGUGGUGGGGUGAACAGCGGCGGCUCCACAAGUAGCAGUCCCAAAGUAUCACCGAAGUUAACCCCUCCAAAAGCUGGCAGCAAAAAUCUCAGCAAUAAAAAGUCUUUGCUACAGCCAAAGGACAAAGAGGAAAAGAACAGGGACAAAAACAAAGUUUGCACUGAGAAAGCAAUCAAGGAAGAGAAGGAUCAGGUCAUUGAAUCAUCUACAAAGAAGAGCUCAAAAAUUGCAAGCUUAAUCCCAAAGGGAAGCAAGACAACAGCAGCCAAGAAAGAAAGUUUAAUAUCGUCUUCUAGUGGGAUCCCAAAACCGGGAUCAAAAGUGCCAACAGCAAAGCAGAGUGCUUCCUCUGCAUGCACAGGGAGUAAGGAGGUUGAAAAACUGAGGACUACAAAAGGAAACCAGUCCCAGUCAACACCAAAAUCUCAUCUUAGUGAGAAGGCUUCUCCUUCCUCUGGUCUUGCUUCUUCUGAAGGGAAAGAACCAAGUGCUGCUCUCACCCCAGGAUCCUCCAUUGGUCUAUCAGCCUCUGUGGCUACAGGCAGUGGCCAAGGCACAGGAAAUGGUGUAGUCCAGCUUCCUCAGCAACAGCAAUACAGCCACCCCAACACUGCCACGGUAGCUCCUUUCAUUUAUAGAACUCUCUCCGAAAAUGACAGUACCUCUUUACCACCUGCUGACUCCUGUACCAGUCCUACUAAAAUGGAUUUGUCAUUUAGUAAGACUGCCAAACAGUGCCUAGAGGAGAUAUCUGGGGAAGACCCUGAGACAAGAAGAAUGAGAACGGUCAAGAAUAUUGCAGACCUGAGACAGAAUUUGGAGGAAACCAUGUCCAGCCUUAGAGGGACCCAGAUAAGCCACAGCACAUUGGAGACAACUUUUGACAGCACUGUGACAACUGAGGUGAAUGGGAGAAGUAUACCAAGCUUAUCCAGCCGAUCAACACCUGUGACUUGGAGGCUGGGGCAGGCCAGUCCUCGGCUGCAGGCAGGAGAUGCUCCAUCCUUGGGUGCUGGUUAUCCUCGCAGCAGUGCAAGUCGCUUCAUACACACAGACCCUGCUCGAUUCAUGUACACCACCCCACUGCGCCGAGCAGCUGUUUCUCGCCUUGGAAAUAUCUCACAGAUUGACAUGAGUGAGAAGGGAAGUGCUGACUUGGACAUAUCAUCUGAAGCAGAUGUUGGUGGCUACAUGAGUGAUGGAGACAUUCUUGGGAAAAGCCUGAGGACUGAUGACAUCAACAGCGGGUACAUGACAGAUGGAGGACUCAACCUAUAUACAAGAAGUCUGAACCGAAUACCAGACCUUGCUGCCUCUCGAGAUGUCAUCCAGAGAGGGGUUCAUGACGUGACUGUGGAUGCUGACAGCUGGGAUGACAGCAGCUCGGUUAGCAGUGGCCUCAGUGACACUCUUGACAACCUCAGCACAGACGAUUUGAAUACCACUUCAUCUGUCAGCUCUUAUUCCAACAUAACAGCCUCUUCAAGGAAGAACACUCAUCUGAAGACAGACUCAGAGAAGCGCUCAGUUACAGACAGUGAAACUUGGGGAAGCACUGAAGAGCUGAAGAAACCAGAGGAAGACUUUGACAGCAGCGUAGACAGCAGUGGCAAGUGGAAAGGCCUUCCCUCGGGGCUGUCUGAAGAGUCAGAGAAGGGAGGGCAGAAAACAUCUCUCUCUGUAUCACAGACUGGAUCCUGGAGGAGAGGCAUGACUGCCCAAGUAGGAGCAGCUCAGUCCAGGCACAAAGCAGGAACAAGUGCACUCAAGACCCCAGGAAAAACUGAUGACGCAAAAGCUUCAGAAAAAGUGAAAACUCCUCUGAAAGGAGCCUCCAUACAGCGAUCUCCAUCAGAUGCAGGAAAAAGCAGUGGUGAUGAAGGGAAAAAGCCUCCCUCUGGCAUUGGGAGAUCAACUGCUACAGGGUCGUUUGGAUUCAAGAAGUCUUCGUUGGGAUCUUCUACUAUAAUCACCACAAGUGGAGCAACCAUCACCAGUGGGUCAGCAACGCUAGGAAAAAUACCAAAAUCGUCAGCCAUCAGUGGGAAGUCCAGCGCAGGGAGGAAGACGAGCUUAGACGGUUCGCAAAACCAGGAUGAUGGCGUCCUGCACGUGAGCUCAAAGACAACUCUGCAGUACCGAAGUCUGCCUCGCCCAUCGAAAUCCAGCGGCAGUGGGAUCCCUGGCAGGGGCGGCCACCGCUCCAGCACCAGCAGCAUCGACUCCAACGUCAGCAGCAAGUCUGCGGGUGCUGCUGCCACUAAACUGCGAGAGCCGAGCAAGAUCGGGUCCGGGAGGUCCAGCCCUGUCACCAUCAACCAGACGGACAAGGAAAAAGAGAAAGUGGCCGUGUCAGAUUCUGAAAGUGUCUCACUGUCCAGCUCCCCUAAAUCCAGCCCAACUUCAGCAAGCGCCUCUGGCACACCAGGACUUAGACAGCCAGGAUCCAAAUACCCAGAUAUUGCUUCCCCCACGUUUCGAAGGUUGUUUGGUGCCAAGGCAAGUGGUAAAGCUGCCUCUGCACCCAGUACUGAAGGUGUGAAACCCACAUCGGCAAUGCCCAGCCCUAGUACCACAUUGGCACGGCAAGGCAGCCUGGAAUCGCCAUCCUCGGGCACAGGCAGCAUGGGCAGUGCAGGUGGGCAAAGUGGUAGCAGCAGCCCCCUCUUCAGUAAACCUUCGGACUUAAAUGCAGAUGUUGUAAGCUUAAGUCACUCCCUGGCUUCCAGUCCUGCCUCAGUGCACUCUUUCACAUCAGGUGGUCUUGUGUGGGCUGCAAACCUGAGCAGCUCUUCAGCGGGCAGUAAGGACACACCAAGUUACCAGUCCAUGACUAGCCUUCACACCAGUUCCGAGUCUAUUGACCUUCCUCUUAGCCAUCAUGGCUCUCUCUCUGGACUGACUACAAGCACUCAGGAGGUUCAGAGCCUGCUCAUGAGGACUGGCAGCGUCAGAUCUACUCUUUCGGAAAGCAUGCAGCUUGACAGAAAUACACUACCCAAAAAGGGAUUAAGGUAUACGCCAUCAUCCCGGCAGACAAGUCAGGAGGAAGGCAAGGAAUGGCUACGCUCCCAUUCAACUGGAGGCCUGCAAGACACUGGCAGUCAGUCCCCACUUGUUUCUCCUUCGGCUAUGUCUUCAUCUGCAACUGGAAAAUACCACUUUUCCAACCUGGUGAGUCCAACCAACCUAUCACAGUUUAACCUUCCUGGACCCAGCAUGAUGCGUUCAAACAGCAUCCCUGCUCAAGACUCUUCUUUUGAUCUCUAUGAUGACUCCCAGCUGUGUGGAAGUGCUACGUCCUUAGAAGAGAGACCACGAGCAAUCAGUCAUUCAGGUUCAUUCAGGGACAGCAUGGAAGAAGUACAUGGGUCCUCAUUAUCACUUGUCUCGAGCACAUCUUCUCUCUACUCUACGGCAGAAGAAAAGGCACAUUCAGAGCAAAUUCAGAAACUACGGAGAGAGUUGGUUGCAUCACAAGAGAAAGUUGCUACCCUUACUUCUCAGCUUUCAGCAAAUGCUCAUCUAGUAGCAGCUUUUGAAAAAAGCUUGGGAAAUAUGACAGGCCGAUUGCAAAGUCUAACAAUGACUGCUGAACAAAAGGAAUCUGAGCUUAUAGAGCUAAGGGAAACCAUUGAAAUGCUGAAAGCCCAGAAUUCUGCUGCACAGGCUGCUAUUCAAGGAGCCUUGAAUGGCCCUGAUCAUACCCACAAAGAUUUGCGUAUAAGGCGGCAACAUUCUUCAGAAAGCGUUUCCAGUAUCAACAGCGCUACAAGUCAUUCAAGUAUUGGCAGUGGUAAUGAUGCUGAUUCCAAAAAAAAGAAAAAGAAAAACUGGGUGAACUCUAGAGGAAGUGAGCUAAGAAGCUCUUUCAAACAGGCCUUUGGAAAGAAAAAGUCCACCAAACCACCUUCCUCUCAUUCAGACAUAGAAGAACUGACAGAUUCCUCUCUUCCUUCCUCACCUAAAUUACCCCACAGCUCAGGAGAGUGUGCAGCAAUGAAACCAUCACAGUCAGCAUCUGCGUCAUCUCUAGUCUGGGCAUCAAAGAAAAGGCAAAACGGUCGUGUGGUCUACAAGCAUAGAUCCCGGAUCUGUGAGUGCACAGAGGCAGAGGCUGAAAUUAUUCUUCAGCUAAAAAGCGAGCUGAGGGAGAAGGAGCUAAAAUUAACAGAUAUUCGUCUGGAAGCCCUCAGCUCUGCACACCAUCUGGAUCAGAUCCGGGAAGCCAUGAACCGCAUGCAGAAUGAAAUUGAGAUAUUGAAAGCGGAGAAUGAUCGCUUAAAGGCAGAGACUGGAAAUGCUGGAAAGCCCGCUCGGCCAUCAUCAGAGUCGUCAAGCAGCACAUCAUCUUCUUCAUCACGGCAGUCACUAGGACUUUCUCUGAACAAUUUAAACAUCACAGAAUCUGUUGUUACAUCAGAUAUUUUGUUGGAUGAUGUCACUGAUGGAGCACUCCACAAGGAAGGUCACAGUGUCAAAAUUUUAGUCACUAUAAACAAAGGCUAUAGUCGAGCCAAGGAUCAAAAGCCACAUGCAUACCUGAUAGGAUCAAUUGGAGUCAGUGGAAAAACAAAAUGGGAUGUUUUAGAUGGUGUAAUCAGACGACUCUUUAAGGAGUAUAUUUUUCGAGUGGAUCCAACUACUAGCCUGGGUUUAAGCUCUGACUGCAUUGCUAGCUAUUGUAUAGGGGAUGUAACUAGAGCCCAUAACCUAGAAGUGCCUGAACUGCUGCCUUGUGGAUAUCUGGUUGGAGAUAACAAUGUCAUCACUGUGAACCUGAAAGGAGUAGAAGAAAACAGUUUGGACAGUUUUGUGUUUGACACAUUAAUUCCUAAGCCAAUUACCCAACGAUACUUUAAUUUACUGAUGGAGCAUCGCAGAAUUAUUCUUUCGGGACCCAGUGGCACAGGAAAGACCUAUUUAGCUAACAGGCUGGCUGACUAUAUUAUAACUAAAUCUGGCAGAAAAAAAACUGAGGAUGCAAUUGCAACUUUUAACAUAGAUCACAAGUCAAGCAAGGAUCUACGACAAUACCUAGCAAAUUUAGCUGAGCAAUGCAGUGCUGACAACAAUGGUGCUGACCUCCCUGUCGUCAUAAUUCUUGAUAAUCUCCACCACAUCAGCUCACUAAGUGAUAUCUUCAAUGGUUUCCUCAACUGUAAAUAUAAUAAAUGUCCCUAUAUUAUUGGAACCAUGAACCAGGGAGUUUCUUCUUCACCAAAUCUGGAGAUGCAUCACAAUUUCAGGUGGGUGCUGUGUGCUAAUCACACAGAGCCUGUUAAAGGUUUCUUAGGCAGAUACCUGAGAAGGAAACUGAUUGAAACUGAAAUAGAAAAGAACAUACGCAAUAAUGAACUUAUGAAAAUCAUUGACUGGAUCCCCAAAACAUGGCAUCAUCUCAACAGCUUCCUAGAAACACACAGCUCUUCAGAUGUAACCAUUGGUCCCCGUCUCUUCCUCCCUUGCCCUAUGGAUGUUGAUGGCUCCAGAGUGUGGUUCACAGACCUUUGGAACUAUUCCUUGGUUCCAUAUCUUCUGGAAGCUGUGAGAGAAGGACUCCAAAUGUACGGUAAGAGAGCACCCUGGGAGGAUCCCUCCAAGUGGGUAGGUGAUACCUAUCCAUGGAGCUCUGCAACUCUACAGCAUGAGUGGCCAUCACUACUUCAGUUAAGGCCUGAAGAUGUUGGUUAUGAAGGUUAUGCAUCAGCAAAGGAAGGAACAACCUCUAAGCACGUUCCGCAGACUGAUACAGAGGGGGAUCCCUUGAUGAAUAUGCUAAUGAGGCUUCAAGAGGCAGCCAACUAUUCGAGCGCACAGAGCUGUGACAGUGAUAGCACCAGCCACCAUGAUGACAUUUUGGAUUCAUCCCUUGAAUCAACUCUCUGA